AUGGAACUCUGCGUGAAGCUCCAAGAUGUGGGGGGCAGCUCAUCUAGUUCGAAUAACGUGGAGGAAGUGCGAAAUUCUGGUGCUGGUGAAGGCAUUCUAUUUUUGGACAUAGGUAGGGGUCAUAGUCCGUCUUUUAAUGCCUUCGUGGCCCCCGCCCAAAAUACAGAAACACCUGACCGACGUCCCUUCCCGAAUGUCCAUGUUGCGUAUCCGGAAGGAAUGGCCGACGGGUUGGCUGACUCAUCUGAGGAAGACGAGAUUGAGAAUGAUAGUGGAGAGGAAGCAGAGGUUGUUCCGGAAACCCAACUGGUUCAGGGAAAAAGGGUCAUCCCAAGUGUUGUUGAACCGAUCAAUGUUGCAAGGGUCGGAGCUCUUUCCAGCGGCACCCCCGACCAUUACCUGCACCUCAGUCUUGGUCCAAUGAACUCGACAAAUGCGGAGGACAUACCCAGCAACUAUGGUUUGACCGGUGAAAUGGAGCUAGAGGUUGGCCUGAAAUUCCUGACUAAGGAUGCAGCAAUGCUUGCUGUUAAGAACUACAACAUCCGUCGAAGUGCAGAAUUCAAAGUAGUGGAGUCAGAUCAUACUAGGUAUGUUUGUCGAUGCAAACUUUUUGGUGACCAAUGUUCCUGGAUGGUGAGGGUUGCGAAGACGAGGGCGUCCAGAUUUUGGGAAGUUCGAAAAUACCAAGGGCCUCACACUUGUUUGGCGUCUGCGACUUCGCAAGAUCAUGCUCAACUGGAUUCAAAUGUCAUAUGCCAGCACAUAUUCCCCAUGGUUCAAGCAGACGCAACCAUUUGCAUAAAAGUGUUACAGGGGUCCGUGGAGUCGGCAUACGGAUACAAGGUGUCUUACAAAAAGGUUUGGCUAGCGAAACAAAAGGCAAUAGCGAGAAUCUAUGGAGACUGGGAUGAUUCUUAUAACCAGUUACAGAGAUACUUCAAUGCGUUGCAAACCUUUGUUCCAGGGACAAUUGUUGACCUACAAACCCGACCAUACUAUGCGGACAACACCCUCGAUCGUGAAAGCGUCAUGUUUCAUCAAGUAUUCUGGUCAUUCCUAUCGUGUGUCGAGGCAUUCAAGCACUGCAAACUUCUAGUUUCGGUUGAUGGAACACACCUGUAUGGUAAGUACACGGGUACCUUGUUGAUGGGAAUAGCACAGAACGGAAACAACAACAUUCUUCCCAUAGCUUUCGCGCUAGUGGAACGGGAGAACACAGAUGCAUGGUACUUCUUUCUGACCAACUUAAGGAGAUAUGUGGCUACGCAACCAGAUGUUCUACUGAUCUCUGACAGGCAUGCUACCAUAAAGGCUGCGCUGGAGCGAGAGGGUUGUGGCUGGGAAUACAAUGUUUACUGUGCCCGACACAUUGCGUCCAAUUUCGCAACAAACUUCAAGAGUAAAGAAGCCAAAAGACAUCUUGUUAGCGCGGCAUACUCGAAGACCCAAGAGCAGGCACAAUACUACCUAGAGUUAAUCGGCAGGCAGAAGCACAGGGAGGGAAUCACGCAGAUGCUUGUCAUAUCACACGACAGGGCGACGUCGAUCUUCACCGUCGAUGAGAUAGCCAGCGUAGGGUCUCAAUCCAGAUUCAGAGUAUACCUCCGGCAAAGACGGUGUGACUGCGGCUACUUCCAGGUAUUGCACUACCCAUGUGCCCACGCGCUUACAGCAUGUGCCCAUGCCAGGCUUGAUUGGCAGUCUUAUGUCGACGAUGUCUAUCGGGUCGAAAAUGUGUUCCGGGUAUAUCAGAUGGAGUUUCCCCCAUUGCCUGAUGAGGAAGUGUGGCCACCCCACGAAGGACAACUUCUCCGUUCUAAUCCCCACCUGCGACGAUCGAUGGAUGGCCGACCUGUGUCGACAAGAAUUCGUAACGAGAUGGACGACGUAGAGCCUGACCCGGGAAAGCGAUGUGGAAUUUGCAGGCAACCAGGACAUACUAGGAGACAUUGUCCUCAUGUCACUGGCACUUAG